AAUUCUCAUUAUUUAAGACAAUAUUUCAGAACUUGACCUAAUGUCUGUUAAUUUGAGCUCGAGCGUCUGACUAUUCUUUUUGGAGGAAAAAGGACAAAACUGAAAAUGGAAGAAGAAUUUAGAGAAAUUCAAAAUAUGUGGAGACACCACUAUUCCACGAUUUGUAUCGAGUCACGAAACAUCGAUCAUCCUGCAUUGGAAGCUUUAAAGCCUGAGAACAAAUCUUUAAACAGAUAUAGGGAUGUGUAUCCUUAUGAUCAUAGCAGAGUGCCCCUUAAAAGUGUUGCCAAAACUGAUUAUAUAAACGCGAGCCUGGUUGAGGUUCCAGAGGUGAAGAGAAAAUACAUCCUUACUCAGGGACCACUUGGGAACACUGUGGACCAUUUUUGGUCCAUGGUCUGGGAACAGGUGCUGUACGUGAUUCUGGUAGUCUGGAGCAAGAUGUUGGCCCCGCUAUUGUACACUGUUCUGCAGGUAUCGGGCGGUCAGGGUCAUUUAUCCUGGUGGACUCGUGUCUACUAAGAGCUGAGACGGAGGGUCCUGAUAGUGUUAAUAUCAAGCAAACCCUCCUCAAUAUGAGAACUUACAGGAUGGGUUUGAUACAGACGGAGGACCAGCUAAAGUUCACGUAUUUAUCUAUAAUUGAGGGAGCUCGACAGAGUGGAUUAAUCAGCAGUCAACUAGAUUUAUCUGAUCCUGGCUCGGAGCUCAUCAGUUCUAGUUCUAGUGAUGAUGAAGCACCGCCUCCUCUUCCUCCUCCUCGUUCAGAAUCAUUACAGGAGAAAGGUGUAGAGAAGAAGAUAGAUGAUCCGUUCUCCAGUAUUCCAGCUACUCUUGAGUCUCUUGUCAACGGAGAUGCGGAGUUUGUGUACUCCGUCGUUAACGGAGUAGUGAGUCUAGAUUCAGAGCCAAGUUCUGAUCCUAGUUCUCCCUCUACUCCAGCUGCCAUGGAUUCCCCAGCUAAAUGUAUUCUAAACAAUAAUAAACUAGAAGAGAGGAAAAGGGAAAUGGAAUUGCGAAGACGAAAGAAGGAAGAUGAGAGAGCGAAUACUGAAGAAAAGCUGAGGAAAAUACAGGAGAAGAUGAAGGAGAGCGAGGCCUGGGUGUCAAGGAAGCAGAACAUGAAGGAGACGAUCCUUCCCUUCUGUGUCGGGCUGGCCAUGUUUCUGGCAGGAGGGUACUAUUACUUCAGGAGUUGAGAAGACUGAUCGAACAUUAAGAACCUGAAAUUUUGUAUAAUACAGUAGCACAGUCAAUUCCUUCAACUGCAGUUGGUCGGCCAUUAUAUCAAUACAAUAAGACGACUGUUCAGUUAAAGUGCUUUGUUACCUAACAAUUACUGAGGGGCAUCGUUUUAAGAUAUGUUCUUAAAAAAGUUUUCAGGCUUUUUAAAGGCUUUGCAAGAAUCUGAGAUGCAAAUCCUAUUUAAAAAUUACAUGCUAGACUAGUUAUUUUUCGCACACAGCAAUAUUUUUACUCUGAUCAUAGAUUUUAACCAUAACGAUUUGAAAAAUUUUGCUUCGUAUAAUAAAAUCAAACCUGUCUAGCAUGUAAAUUUGGAAACGGAUUUGCAUCUCAGAUUCUUGUGAAGACUUAAAAAGCCUAAAAACUUUGAAUGAUGCCCUUCAGUAAUAACAAGGCUAUUUUAAAUUACAAGUUUACAAGUAGACAAACAGUAGCGGUUAAUUGAAUUUACAUGUGUCUGCUGUUUGAAGAAUUCGGAGAAAAUCCCUCCCACCCAUUAAUCUUUGUGUUUUCUACUUAUCUCUAAUUCUUUUUAUUAUUAUUUUUUUACUUUCUUGUUUAUUUAUUUAAAUCUGAUCCUACUGUGCGUGUCGUUCUUCUGGAAAUUUAAUAUUUGUUUUCGAUUAAUAAAUGAACUAACAAGCUUA